GCACGUUUGUGUGUGAAUGGACAUGGUUGUGGCUUGUUCCGGACGAUAACUGGCAGCGAUCAUGGCAUCUGUGCACGAACAACCGUUACUCAAGUCGGACGAGAUCGGGAGACUGGUGGAAAGUCUCUUCAAAAAUGUCGGACAACUGCUGCCGUACGUGCGGUUGCUUACUGAACACGCGAAAGCGUAUCACAAGGCGCUGGCUGAUUGCACGAGAGUUGCGGGAAACUUUUGGGAGGUUUUUACUCAGAUUGGAGAGCACGCGGCUUCGUAUCGCACGUCCACUCGUUUUAUUGGUGAUGCCAUGUUGGAAAUUGCAGAAGUUCACAGGCAAAUUGAGCUGCAGCGUGGAGACGUGCUGAGAUCACUUGUGAAUGACUUCAUCGUACCAUUGGAAUCAAAGGUGGAAGGAGAAGAGAGAAGUGUAGCUGUUUUAGAGAAAAACUACAGAGAGGAUUGUGAGCUAAGGCUACAGAUGGUUGAUCAAGCUGAAGAGACAGCUAAAGAGGUGAGGAGAAAGUUUAGAAAAGAUCAUCCUGGAGCUCCAUAUGAAGACCAACGUGAUCGACAGAUACAAGAGAGAUUACGGGACUGUGAAAAUGAUUUGUAUGAUGUUCGAUCAUAUGGCCUCAAGAAAGCUCUCGUUCUUGAAAGAAAGAUUCACUGCAAUAUCCUUGAUCGUUUCUGUGCUGUAAUUCGGAGUGACAUCACUUACCAUAGCAAGUCUCAUACUGGAUUAUCGAGGAAUGUGAAUGAUUGGGCAGCUUUGGCGGCAGAUCCCAAUGAAAUUCUUCCUGAGAUAGAAGAACUUCUCAAGGAUCCAAAUCCACCAGUUAGGAACAAGUGGCUGGAGGAUAACACACGUCACUUGCUGGAAGGUGGGAUGCCCGUGUCUCGAUUUAGGAAACCAAAUUCUGCAUCAGCAGAUACGACAAUGGCUCGGUCACAAGCGCCAGAACGUAGAAUUACACCUCCAGUGAGCACUGGGCUAGGUUUUUAUCAACGUGAGAACUCAUCAAGUCAACUGGGUAUUGAUUCUGGAGCUCAUCCUUUGGCCCAAGCAAGGUCUCACCCACAGUUGUUUCAACCUGAUAGCAACUCUCAUAUGCAUUCUACACUUCCAAUGUCUAGUCCGGAUCAGCCAUUUCAGGUGUCUGCAAAUCAAGGACAUGUAAGCCUAGCAUCAAGUUUGCCAAGUGAUGAAACAGAUAUGGGUAGAUAUCCCUACACUAGUGCUGACCAAUCGCUACACUUGCAGUCUAGUGCUCCUGGGCACCCAGUACAAUGGAUGAAUCAGCCUGGGGUUCCACAACUAAAUGGACCUGUGACACAAGUUCCUCUUAAUCAGUCUCUUGGCAUGCAACAGAUGUCUACCUCUCAACUCCAACAGCAACCAGUUUCUUCUAGUAUUAGUCAACAGCAUUCACAGCCUUCUGUUCAGUCUCAAGUAAUGCAACAUUCGUCAUCUGUAUCUCAACUAGGGCAACAACACUAUCCAUUGGCGAUGUCAAAUGCAGGCCAGCAGCAUGUUCCCAAUGUUAGCCAGUCUCAAGCAGCUCAGAUGUCUGCACAACAGCAGCAGCUUCAACAGUCACAGCUGCAACAGCAGCCACAGUUGCAGCAGCAGUUACAGUUGCAACAGCAGCCACAGUUGCAACAGCAGCCACAGUUGCAGCAGCAGCCACAGGUACACCAGCCACCACAGAUACAGCAGCAGCCACAGGUACAGCAGCAUCUACAGUUACAGCAGCAGCCACAGGUACAGCAGCAUCUACAGUUACAGCAGCAGCCACAGGUACAGCAGGCGCCACAGAUACAGCAACAGCCACAAUUACAACAGCAUCUACAGUUACAGCAGCAGCCACAAGUGCGGCAGCAGCCACAGCAGCCGCUAUUACCUAUGUACGACCAAUCUCAAGGAAUGGAACAAUCUUCUCAGCAGCAGCAGCAGCAGCAGUUUCAACCCACUAUGCAGCUGCCUCUUCAGUUAGCUCAACCUUUACAACAUCAAGUCCAGCAGGUUAUACAGCAACCCGUUGCUAUUCAGCCUAUAGUACAGCAGCAACGACAGCCAGUACAGGUUCGUGGACAUCCCAAGACCGUGUUUAUUCAGCAGCCAGUAGGACAAAGACUACAGCCACAGACUAUUGCUGCAUCACAGCUGGUCAAACCAAAGUAUGGAAGUCGAGUCCGGGCAUUAUACACAUACAACAGUUCCUCGCCUAGUCAACUAGGUUUUAAAUCAGGAGAUUUAAUUGAUGCAGUUGGAACUCCAAAGGAUGGUUGGCAGUAUGGAGAAAACUGUAGGACUGGCAAGUCAGGAUGGUUUCCUUCUAACUAUGUUGAGCAUUUAGUAGCAAUUCAGGAGCGAAGGGCAAACUCAACCGUCCCUCACUAUCUGCGUCGAAAUCAAACGAUUGACAACAACAUUAGACCAACCAUUCCGGCUCCUGAUUAUGGAAUGGAUGGUCAACCAAGAGGAUUGACUAACACUACUUCGCCAUCAUCAUCAUUGAUGUCAUCACCAGUUCAAGAUGAAAAUACACGUACAAAUUCUCCCAGUCAAGGCUCACCCGGGCAGGCUGAGGGAGCAGCAACGGCAACUGUUAUGGCCAUUACUGCACCUCUUGUUUCCAUUCCACUUACGACACCAGCAGUCCAGCAGCAGCCAGGGGCUAUGAGCUCGAUAUCACAAUUCCGCCGAAUGGAACAGUUUGAAUAGGUCACAGAUGAAGGUUUUGAUGUAAAGCAAAUUGACUGUCUGCACAGAGAUCAUGGAUGUGAUUUGGUCAGUUGUGAACUGUGUACUGAUUCUAUAUAUAUUAUUAUUCUUUUCAGUGAUAAUGAUUUAAAUGGCAGUUGUUCCUUCUCUAUACGUGAUUGGCUUGAACCAAAAAGAAAGUAUAAUUUGAA